AUGGUGCAUUCUUCAUUGUCCUCAGAGGAGGGCGCGGCUCGCGCCGCUGCAGUCGCCGCCACCCCCGCCACCCACGCCGCCUCCGGCGCCCUGGACAACAGCACGUCGGCCGGUGUGUGGGGACGGGCCCCGCGGUCGCCGUGUUCCUGCGCCGACGGCCAGUGCGGCUGCUGCACCGGCUUCCUGCUCUCGCAGCUCAACAUCAACCUGCGCCAGAGGGCUUGUGUAAAUGUGACAUACGAUCCGGAUGAUUUUGCUAUGAACAUGGCGUUAUACUUCAACGAUCGUGUUCUUUACUCCAAUACGGUGUCAGGGAAGAACCCGCGGCCGGUGUGCGUGUCGGUGCCGCGGCUGCCGAUCCUGCAGAUGUGCGUGCGCUUCUCGAACGUCUACCCGGCGGGCCGUAACAUCCACGCGUGCGUGUCGCUGCUGGCGCGCUGGGACGGCGACCAGGUGUUUCGGCGAGACCUCGACUGCGUGCGCCUCGGAGCCGACGGCUUCGCCGUCGUUACGCCAGAGCAGGGCGGCGGCCUGCCGCUCGGCAGCACCGGCGGCGGCGACGACGAGGACGUCGACGACUACGACGACCCCGAGGACCCGGACGCGCAGAGCGCGGCCGCCGACGAUCCAGAAGUUCUAAUUGGGUUGUUAUGUGAUGCUCUCAGUAAUGACUAA